CAACCACGGUGGCCAUAUUGAUCUUUUAAAUAUGAAGAGAAAGGUGUGGUUAUUUUCUUUUUAAGAAUUAUGUACAAACAUAGCUGAUUUGAGGUGAAAAUUGUAGUAGUUAUAGUUAUGCUGUCGGGGGCAGAUCACUCAACGCGAUAACAUCAUCCAGUGGAGGCUGAAUGUACCAGAAGAAGUGUUGCUCGAUGUAGAAUGAGCAGUUGGACUGAAAGAAUGCAUCGGCGGGCUGCUACAUUCAGCAACGUGGUGACAUCUUGUGGACACCCCACUGUUGCCUUCCCUCAUAGGCUGGAGAAGGUGAAGUUUGGUGUGCACCUGGAUGAAGUGUGUAAGAAUGACAUUCCAGCCCCAUUACUUGUACUGAUACUGAAGCUCAACAAGGAGGCCCCUUUCAAGAAGGAUGUUUUCCGAGCUCCUGGUUACCAGGGCUCCAUGAAGAAACUGUCCCACUUCCUUCAAGCAGGCCGCCUAGUAAACAUAGACAACUUUUCUGUGUAUACCAUUGCGUCCGUCCUAAAAAAGUUUCUACGUAAAAUUCCUGGUGGUAUAUUUGGCCGCAUCAAUGAGCAACGCCUAUUUCACAUAAUAACCUUGGAAAGUAUGGAGGAGCAACGCAAUGAAAUUCAUAGGCUUAUUACAUCAAUGCCUGUGCAUACUCAACGAUUACUUGUUCUUCUUUUUGGAACAUUUCGAGUUAUUGCUACUAAUGCAGAUCGUGCAGGGACUGGAAUGACAUCUGAAGCGUUGGGUGUGUCUGUUGCUCCCAGUUUCUUCCAAAGUUGCGUCAGUGAUGGCAAAACUGCCAAAAUGGAAGAUGUCUUAAGGUUCAAGGUGGCUACACGAAUUAUGAAAUUUCUCAUCGACAAUUUUGGUGCAAGUAAUUUGUUUGGGCGUGAAAACUAUGAAUUUUAUGCUCGCAUUACUGGGCGCAUUCUCAAAGUUGAGGAUGACUGGAUUUUCAGUUUUAGAUAUCCCCCUGACUCUUUUGUUUCUCCAAUGUCUCAUCAAGAAGAAAGUCAAUCAACUCCUGCCCUGAUUCACAUUCCUGGAGGGCUUGAUUCUAGUGCUGCAAGUACGUCUCUCGGCAUCAUCCCUGAAAAUAACCUUCUUGAGAGUUACACUCGACUCUCCAUUAGUCUUGAAGAAAACGGCCUAUUCAAAGCUGCAAGUCGGUCGUCUUCAAGCUCCGCCACUGCAAGUCACCACAUGACAUUGGAAGAGCUCCGAGCUGUAAAUCGCUAUGCCGAAAGCACAAAAAGUCUCUCAUAUCUGCCUCAAGUCCAUGAGCGUCAGACAGAACGAAUGCGGACUCGCUCAGAGUGGUUUUUGACUCCAACUGCUGCAGCACAGUUUGAAUGUGCCUAUGGUGGAAGUCUUGAUUCUGACCCCACUCUUCAUGUUCUGCGAGGUGCCAACACCCGCUCUUCAUCUUCCAUCAUUGGUGCAGGGUUGAGUGCUAGCGCGGAGUCGGUGCAAAAGCGUCCCAGCCUCAGACGAACAAACAGCCGCAGCGAGAAAACUCGUCAUCUUGUCCACAGGAACUCAAGUAGGAGGAACAAAGAAAAUGGCCAACGAGGAGCAACUGAAAGACCAGAAAGAGGCGAACGGGCAUCUGGAUCUGGAGACAAUACACCACCCUCCGACCAGCACAACAUGUCCACUAACGUUACUCUUACCUAUAAACCUAGGAUCUAGAGCCAGUAGGCGUUUCACGAUUGUGUUCAAUUUUUUGCAAGAGCAACUGAGGUGUUUAAGUCUGCAUAUAAGAAAUUUCACGUUAUAUAUUGUAAGCCUAUUAUAAUGUUAAUUCUACAACUGCAUCUAAGAUAAGCUCUAUGCAAAGCAAGUCCUAAAUACAUUUAAGGAAUCUUUUACACCUCUUUGGAAUACCAAAGAUUUUAUAUAUUAUUUUUUAAUAUCUGUAACUGACGUUGGGGCGUGUUUUUGUAUUUCUGCGAGUGACCAAUGUUUUCCUUAAAGCCUUAACUUUAAAGCUUGGCUGCUUUUAUAUUCUAUUGGUUCUUUUAUCAAAAUUUUGUAUGUGUUUCAAUACUCUUUUUCUUUCUAAGCAGCUCGCUGUAAAGACUUAGCGUAACGUAUUAUGACUUUCAAUCUACCUGCAGGUUUAAUAACAGGAAGGUUUGAAUUGCAUGUGAAAGUCUUUCUUCAUCCUAAGGGUUUGCUAACUGAAACGGGAUUCAUCCCAAUAGUUAAAGAAAACAUUGAAAUGCCAAAAUAACGUAUUAAAAUUGUUAGAUUUUGAAGUCCCCUUUUAGUGUACAUCAACACCUGUUAUGACUAAAUAAGUCGCUAUGAGAACAUCGCACAACUUCAUAAUAAUCAGUGUUUCUCAGCAAAAAUUUGUCUGUCCAAAGUAACAGACUCUAUUUCUGAAGAUUGGCUUUUGUAAUAUUUUUCAAGUUAUUAGGCCUUAACCAUUGAAAUUGUUUUGCAAUUUAUAUUCCUGUGAGCAUGUUGCAUAGUUAUCUUUCCAAAGGAAUGCUGAUUUUUAUUUAAUUGAACUUGAUAAAAUACUGCCCAUGUUUAGCAAAGGUGUUUUAGGUUAGCACUUUGGCCCUGAAGUGCAAUGUCUCUUCUCUUUUGCCUUUAUAUACAAUAAUUCUCAUAGCAUUUAACUUACCUAGAGGUGUUGAUGGUGCUUGCAGUGCCUGGAAACCAAUCUAGACCAUUGGCCCUACUUAAUGGUAUUACAAUUCUUUUUCACUCGUUUGUCCUGGCCAUGUUUGGAAAAGCCGUCAUGUGCUGUUGCCUUCUCAGCUUCAAAUAUGGAAGUAUUAUUAAACAUGUUAAUAUCUUAUUGAACACCUUACCUUGUGGCUCUGGCUAUUAUAAUACUCUGACUGUUAACCAAUUUCAAUCUAUAGAUUAUCAAUCUGUUAUGUUAUAGAAAGUAUGUUUAUGGUAUGUGUUAUGUGUGUAUCAAUUUUUAUUUUUAUAUUUGUACACUUUAUGUCCGUUUCCAUUUUAAAAGUAAAUUUUAAAUUUUCUUUUUCUCUCUGUAUUGGCUUUUUGUAGUCCUUCAGUAUGUUUAACCUCGGUUACAGCUGCAAAGACUUUUGACUGAUAUGAGUUUGUGCUCCUCAAAACAUUUUCAUAAUUGCAUAUCUGAAGAUCUCACUGUAUUCAACAUUGUGCUACAACAUGUACUAUCAUUUACAUGCAAAACAGCAGAUAGAAAGAAAGGACAAUUUCUUCUUCUCUUCUCCAAUGAAAAAAAGUACUGUCAGUAAAAUUUGCAUUUAUUUGUUAAAAAAAUUUAUUGUGCCACAUUAUUUCAAAAUGUCAACAGGGAUGCCUUUUUUUGCUCUCUCUUUUCUUCCUUUGAUGCAUUUGUUGGAAUCAUUCCCCUAAUUAGUCCUUUUGCUGUUGCUGCAAUCUAUACCAAAUGUAAGUCAUGUUACAGCAACGUUUAGUUCAAAAUGUUACCAAAUAUGUGAUUACCAUUAUAUGAAUACCUGUAUUUUCAAUUUUUUUUGAGUUUUUCUUCAAAUGUGGGAUUGACCCAAAAUUGAGUCAGAAUACUUAUUUGGUGUGUAUCAAAGUAUAGAUGUAUCUGCAGGUACGGCAUUCUAAUUCUAGUACUGCUUGUGACUGGUAUAUGUGGCAAAUUCUAUUGCAUAGGUUUACUUCCCGAAUGUUUGUCUACAGUUAAGUAUAAAGUGACAAUAGAUUGGUUGAAUCUUCUGAAUACGCUUCCGGCCAAAUAUCUGCCAAAGAGUUGUUCAUAUGUGACUGAUUUAUCAUGUUCCAUGUUAAUUGUGAUGAACAUUUUGACUGGGCUUAUUGCCAAAUCAAUUCAAAAUUUUGUCACUCCAACAGCCUGCUAAAUUGGAUGGUCGCAUCACCUGGAUUGUCAGUAGAAGUGGUUUCAAUAUAAAUAAUAUGUGCUUGUAUUGUAGUAUACUGUGCAAUAGUAAUAGUUUAGAGUGAAGGCAUGGAUUGUGUAUAUUUUGUGUGUAUUCCAUCCGCUUAAUUCAAUUUUUGCUAAUUUCAUUUCUGAAGUGGCUGUAUUGAAAAAUUCACUUUCAUGUCCAGGUGUAUUGCUGUGCCAAAUUUAUGUUAUCUUAUUUCUUUUUGUGAACUUCAUAUUAAAACUCUUAUCAUUUCACUCAUUGUACGUGGUAGGUUAAUAAUAUUAUUGCUUCAACUGCUCUCCACAGUUGUUAUAGAUUUUGCUAUAUAAUGAUGAUAGAAUAUACUCAUUUGCAUGAUAUGUGUACACAGUAUUAAAAACUGCCUGUGAAAAUUGUUUUGUUCAGUGUAUGUGGGAGUUCUGCUGAAAAGCCUUAUGCUAAUUAUUGUAAGAGAGCCUAUUACGCUACCUCUCCCCCUCUCUAAGUACCAAGAAGUAAUAUAUUUAUAUGUUGCUAAGUGCAGAAGUACACCACAAUUAUCCUGUAUUAGUGUUGUAAUGGUUUCUUUACCAUGACAAGUGAGUGUCUUUGACAAGUGGAGUUCCCGUAGACACGCCUAAAGACUUUUAUUUAGCUAUCUCUGACUCAUGUAACUCAUGCCUUUUUUUUUCAAAUUCCAUUUUUGUUGUUAAGUCUCAUUGCAAUUAUACUCAAGGGACCAUUAAUAACAAGGAAAAACUAAAGAAUACUGAUUGAGGUCAACUGCUUUGUCAUUCAUUCUCAGCUAUGCGAAUGUGAGACUAAAGUAAUUUUUUCUUGUAACCGAAGGAAUUGCAAUGAGACAGUUGUAUAUUAUAUUCCUUGUACAUUCUUUCACAGCAUUUUGUAUAUGAUGAACAAAUAAAUCGUAUUUGGUUUUCUA